GCCGCUCUACCGCUCACAGGAACAAGAAGGUCGUGUUGUACCGAAGCAGAGACGAAACAAGGCUUUAAUCAUGCUGGGACAAGCUGUGAGGCGAUUCACAACGUCUGCUGUUCGUUCUUCACAUUAUGGUGAAGGACCAGGGAAGAACCUGCCAUUUUCCAUUGAGAACAAGUGGCGUCUCCUCGGCAUGAUGGUUGUGUUCUUCGGCAGCGGCUUUGCAUUUCCCUUCAUCGUUGUCAGACAUCAGAUCCUGAAGAAGUAAAAUGGACCAAUGCUACCAACAGCCUUCACGGUUGUCAGCUGAAACAUAUUUUAUCCAUCAGGGUGCUAUCCAUGUAGAAGAAUGGGAAUCUUGAUUUUCUUUGUAAAUAAAGUAUCCUAAAAUAUA